GAGUAAUACGACGUACGACCAUAGUAAUAUCCUUAACUACGCAAAAUAAACAUCUUUCAGGUUAAUUAUAGUUGUAUACAAUAUGUGUUAUACGUAUUUUGUACAAUAGAAAUACAAAUAUUGUUCAGAAACUUUAUGUAUCUGUCAUAAUUUUAAAAAUCUUGAAUGUCGAAUAUGAUUUUUUAAACAAAGAGUAACAAAAUAUUUUGUAUGAAAUUUAAAAAUAAUUUCAUGUUGUUUAUAUGAAAGAAAAGCUGCUUAGUAGCAGAUUUACUAUCUGAUAGCAGUUAAUAGUUUAAUAGUGAAGCGAUUAACGUUGUAAGCGCGGGAAUUGUUCAAGUUUAAUCAUACAUUUGUCUCUAAAAAAUUGAUGUAAAGUAUUCCAAUUUGUUACGUCGAUUAAUAGAAAUACUAUAAUAUUAAAUAAGUAACAAAAAUAUACUAAUAGAUAUAUAUACAACAAAUUAUAAUACAACAUCAAGAAAUAAAUGAAGAUGGAAACAAAAUAUAUGAAACAUGUAUUAACUCUAGAAAAGAUUAUAAUAGGCAUUAUGCCUCAAUAUAAUAAGAAAAUAUAUACAUACAUAUGUACUUAAGUAUGUUUAAAAAAUUAUUUUAUAUGAUACAUAAUUUUAAAUAUUGAAGAUAGAUACUAUGUAUAGAAAGUAAAUAAUGGAAUACAAAUUCGUGACAAAUAUCUGUUUGAUAUUUCAAGGGUCAAGGUUUAAUAAUCUGACUCAUUGUAUGACAAUUAUUAACUCAUUGGUGUUGAGAGUAUUCAAAGUUCUAUUUUAAAUGAAAUAAAUAGCUUUUGAGAAUGUUUUAGUAUAUUAUAGAAAAAUUUUAUCGUUACAAUUGAUAUUUUGAGAUUUAAAAAAUUGGAAUAAUUUAAAAUUAUGAUAUAAAUUUUUUAAUUAAGAUAUCUGAGAGAUAUUAAAUUAAAAUAUUAUUUUAAAAAUUUGUGGAACUUUUAAAUCUUUUGAAGAUCGUAAAUAGGAAAUAUAUAAAUUGAUUAUUAUCAUAAAAGCAUUUAUUUUUUAAUGUGUAUAGUUAUUCUGUACACAUUUUUUAAAUCACUAGCUCUACAACAUGCAAAUGGAAAUUUCUUACCUUAAACGUAAGGAAUUACUCAAUUAUGUCAAAUACAAUGCAGUCAUCAAUGAUACAAGUAAUGCCUUAGGGUGAAAGAGAAAUUGAUGACUUCCUUAAAUCAUGAUUGUGUUGAGUGAUAUACAAGAAACAUGAAAACUAGUGCAGUAUGUACAUCCAAGCAGUCAUAAAACUGGCAUGAGGAUAGUCAGUUCAGACAUAAAAAUGAGAAAAUAGAACACUUGAAGUGCUACAUAUUAGUAGAAAAAUUAGAAUAUGCAAGUCAAAUAGUAUAACAAUGAUCUCAUAAUAGCAGCAUUAAAAAAUGAACACUGAACAAUAUCACAAGUAAAAUGAAAUAUUUUCAUAUUAUAUUAUAAUAUAUAAGUAGUAUAGUUUAUCUCAUGGAUACAUAUAUGUUACAUUAUUAUUAUGCGUACUACAUUAGUGUCUAAUGUAUGUUAUAAUGAUUAGAAUACCUAUCCAUAAGAUAAGAAAAUAUAUACUAAAUAAAUCAAUCUGCUACACCAAAGAACCUCCUUGUAAUAGACAUAAAGUCUAAUAUACAAUAAAGUACUAUUAUUAUUAUUAUUAUUAUUAUUAUUAUUAUUAUUAUUAUUAUUUAUAUAAAUUUCUUUUUUAUUAUUUGAAAGAACAAAAUUUCUAAUUAAAUUCAUAGUCCGAGCUAUUUUUUAAAUCUUUAAAAUCUUAGUUUUGAAUGCGUUUGUUUUUUCUUAAAUUUUCUAUAUUCAUUUUCAAAAUUUUAGUCUAACCAUAUUGAUGUUAAUGUAACGAACUAUGUUCCAUAUCAAUUAGAAAACAUAACAUGUAAUGAUUAAAUUUAAUCGAUAGCUUUAUAUAAAGAAAACGAAGAUAGAAACAGAUAUUUUAGUAUGCAAACUGCAACAGUAGAGAAAAGGCGAACUAGAUAUCAGAAAAAAGCUAACCAUGAAGAAAAGCAGAAAUAUAAGAAUAAAAUUAUUAGUAAAGCUGAUAAAAAGAUCGAACUCGAUAAGAGAAAAGUAGAAGCCUCGGGAAAACCUAAAAAGGUAUUUGAAGAUGUAAAAAUAGCAUUUAUCUCUGCUAUAGAUCCUUAUGAAACUCCUUUGCAAUGGUGGGAAACAGAACACGUAAGAUAUGCAAUAAAUUAUCCACCGGUAAAAUCCCGAUUAGAAAAAGUAAUGGGAACUCAUAUCAUACGACUAACCGAUCGCAAACACAUGUUGCUCCUUAUGUCCAAGCUCUUGCAGGAUCAUAUGGAGCAACAAGAAAUGCGUAUCGAGAAGAGAAAGCUGCCAUUACCAUCGAAUAUAUCUCGCUUAUUGAAAAUAUCUUAUAAAAUGCUUUCCGAAAAGAUGCAAGAUCCUAGACAUCUUAAAUUAAAACUCUACGUGUGAAAAAAAUUGUAAUUAUCAUGUAUUUAAAAUUAAAUUAAAAUUGUAAAAUUAUAUAUAAUAUACAAGAUAAUAAAAUAUUGAAAGUACUAAA